AAGGAGGAGGGGAGGGGGGGGGCAUUCUCCCCGAGUACACACAAGCAGCGGCCACAUCCACUGUUCAGUGACGUGUUUUGUAUUAGCCUUUUUUUAUGCAUGUCCAACCCUUUUCCACCACUGGCUGAGCGGAAAUUUAGAAUCCAGUCGCUCGCCAGCUUCUAAUUUCCACCAACUCUAAUCAUACCCUUUCUAUUUAUUUAUUUAUUUUUGCCUCGUUAUUCAGCCCAUCCACCGUCCAACCCCUAUCUUCUCCCCCCCCCUCCCCUCCAUCUCCAUCUCUUUGGGAGUGCGACGCGCUGCGAAUCUCUGAAAUAAAACAGAAGCCUGCAGCAGCAGAGCAGUGACCAUGACACGAGUUUCCUGCUAACGGAGGGCGGACGGAGAGCAGGACAAGCGUCCAGGCCACCGACUCCACCAGCCACAGCUUUCCUGUGAGAAAGAAAGAAAGAAAUAAAGAGAGAAAGAGGCCAAAGAGAGAGAACAAGUGCAAGAAGGAGAGGGGAGCGGGUGAAAACAGUAGAUGGAUGCUGUCCGGAUUGAGGGGACAGCACGUUCUUCACUGACGAGGAAAAGAAAGAUUUCAAAAUUGAGUCGAAGGAUAGAAACUCGCCGUCAGGCAUGGUGUGUGAGAAGGGGAUCCAAAUCCUUCUCACCACCGUGGGGGCAUUCGCCUCCUUCGGCCUGAUGACGGUGGCCAUAGGGACGGACUACUGGCUGUACUCCCGUGCCCUCAUCUGCAACAGCACAGCCAACGUUACCGCGGAUGACCCCCAUAACAAGGACAAGAAGGAUCCCGGGGCGCUCACCCACUCUGGACUGUGGAGGAUAUGCUGCCUGGAAGGAGUAAAGAGAGGCGUGUGUUCUCAGAUCAACCACUUCCCAGAAGAUGCCGACUUUGACCAUGAUGGGGCAGAGUACGUUCUACGGGUGGUUAGGGCUUCCAACAUCUUCCCGAUCCUCAGUGCCAUCCUGCUGCUGAUGGGAGGGCUUUGCAUCGCUGCUAGCCGUUUCUACCGGAGCAAGAGGAACAUCAUCUUGGGGGCUGGAAUUCUCUUUGUGGCUGCAGGCCUGAGCAACAUCAUCGGUGUGAUUGUGUACAUCUCGGCCGCACUGGGGGACAUCUCCCCGAAGAAGGACGAGGACAAGAAGUGGCAGUACUCCUACGGUUGGUCCUUUUACUUUGGGGGUCUCUCCUUCAUCAUGGCCGAGAUGGUGGGCGUGCUCGCCGUCAACAUCUACAUCGAGAAGAACAAGGAGCUGCGCUGCCGCUCGCGCACCGACAUUUUCAAGAGCACCACCCACGCCAUGCUCCGCCUGCCCAGCUACCGCUUCCGCCGCCGCUCCCGCUCCUCGUCCCGCUCCACCGACCCCUCCCGCUCCCGAGACCCCUCACCCGUAGGGGGAGGUGGGGGCAAGAACUUUGGCCUGCCCCCCUCUGCACUACUUUCCCAGGGCCCCAUUUCAGUGUCCACCUUACCCAACCCCCACUCCCGCUCCCACACGGCCCUGGCCGGAGGCGACAUCUCUCUCUACACGCUGUCCCGCGACCCCAAACUGGGGGGUCUGCCGCCCAUGUACGGAACGGUGGACAGGGCCACGCUUUACCAGCUCCACAACUGCUUUCCCAAGGACGGAGGCGGAGGGGGGGUGAUGAUGAGUGGUACACUUCCAUCGCUUAAGUCCCACAAUCCUUCCAAUUCUUCCAACUCCAACGCGCCGAUGCCCAACUCGGUGGGCUCCGGCCCCCCCGCCUUCACCUCGUCCACAGUAGACAGGGAGCGAGGGAUGGGGACUCUGGACAGGCUGAAGGGGGACAGGGAGAGCAACUCCAACACCCUCAAUAGGAAGACAACGCCUGUGUAGGGAGAGGGUGUGAGAGGGCGAGGAGGGAAGGGAGAGGCGGACGGGUAGGAAUGAGGGAGGGGUGAUAGAGAGUGUUUGUGUGGCUCUCCCUCCAUGCUCACUGCUAUUUAGUCUGCUCAAUCUCACUGAGAACAGAAAGAGGAUGAGUAAUAACGGAGUGAUAAUAACAACAACAAGGAACUUUCACAAUAAAACUAUUUUGAUAUUUUAACCUGCUAGAAAUGAUUUAUUUUGUUAAUGAUCAAACACAAUUAACCUUGGGCUAUUAUGAAAAUGUUUCACAUAUUUUUUUUUUGUGCAAUAUUACCGCUAAUUAACCAGAUCAUCGUUAAUGUAAAAUUGUUGUUGUGAUUAUUCUUAGCGUUAUUACAGGCUAGCCGUAUUUGCAAACACUAUAGUUUGGAAUGAAAAUUUUAAUUUUCAUGUUACUUUCACUCUAAUUUUAGAUCUACGACUUUUACUGUGAAUUUCUUCCAUGCGGGGCCACUGGGACUCUCAGUGAGCUGUGUGUAACUGUGUCAAAGUGUCGAGCAUGAGUGUGCACAAUAUGUGGGAGAAUGAGGGCCUGUUUUUUUUUUUUUUUUUAACCCCAAUAUGAUAUAAUUUUCAUUUACAACAUGAAGUCAGAUUUGACUACUUGUAAAUUGUCUUCCAAUAUUGAUACUGACAGAAAUGCAACAAAUAAUGUGAGUGACUGAGACAACUGACCAACGUCCUCGUUAUCAUAAGUCUGAGUUUUCUGGGCCUCUGUUAGUCUUAUUUCCAUUCUAAUCAGUGUUAACAGUAGUACUUGUAGCUAUAGUCGUGUUGAAGAUGUUUGUUCUUGGGCAUUAACAGAAACCUCUGACUGGAGGAAGCAGAAAAAAAGAGACAUAGAAUAAUACAUUUGUACAGAUUCAGGUAAAGGUUACUGCCUGAGCAGAAAAACAAAAAAACCUAAUCAUUUUUUUCUAUGAAGAGUCCCAAAGUGAGACAUGCAACUCAUCAU